GCAUUGUAUUAGACUGAAUCAUUUUUGAUGUGGAAGAUUUGUUAAAAAAAUGAUGAGGUUUUUGUGGAUACUUUGUUUUACGUUAGGGGUUGUAAUUAGUGCCCCGUUUGACCCCCUAUCAGAUGUCGAUAAAGGGGAGGGGAGUGUUUCGGACAGCAUGACAACACCACCAUCACCAUAUGUGACAGAUAUCUGGGCAGAUACAGCACCAACAGAUGUAAUAGAAACAGAAACACCACCACCAUAUGUAACAGACUUCUGGACAACAGAACCACAGUCUACACCGGCAUGCGCGGAGUACGAGAUGCGGCCCGACCCCAACGACCCCUGCAAGAUGUGCUUCUGCUACAGUGGUCAGGAGAUUUGCUACAUGGGCUUCUGCAUGCCAGCCCACUGUGUCAAUCCCCAGCCCAGCGGCUGCUGUAUGCAGUGUCCCGACGGUCCUAACUGUCAGGUCGACGAUGUGGUCAUCCCAUUUGGUGCCAAGGUUCCCAUGGACGACGGUCGCGUGUGUUCUUGUGAAUACACCAAUGGGUUCUGGAGCGGUCUCUCGGUGGAAUGCGAAGAGUACCUGACCCCAGAGAUCCCUACAUCUACCGCAGCAGUGACCCCAGAGUUUUACACCGACCCCGUCCCUCCCAGCACAACCCCAGGGGAUUGUAUCGCAGAAGAGAACCCCAGUCUAACCGAUGCCUGCCAGUUUUGUCAAUGUACCAACGGACAGUACGAGUGUGUGUACAUGGACUGCGCGCGGCCAUCUUGUCCUGACCCUGUACGUCAACCAGGUCAAUGUUGUGGUGUAUGUCCUGAUGAAUACCUGACCCCAGAGAUCCCUACAUCUACUGCAGCAGUGACCCCGGAGUUUUACACCGACCCCGCCCCACCAAGCACUACCCCAGGGGAAUGCAUCGCAGAAGAGAACCCCAGUCUAACCGAUGCCUGCCAGUUUUGUCAAUGUACCAACGGACAGUACGAGUGUGUGUACAUGGACUGCGCGCAGCCAUCUUGUCCUGACCCUGUACGUCAACCAGGUCAAUGUUGUGGUGUAUGUCCUGAUGCAUAUACAUCUGUUCUACCCACGGAUUUCUACACCCAUGAGGUCCAGUCAACAACACCAGCCGAGUACUUCGUUGACCCCGAACCCACAACACCAGCUAUCUGCGAUGAUGUAGAGAACGAGAGUUUAUGGAACCCUUGUGUCGCCUGCUUGUGUGAGGAGGGUAAGUGGAGUUGUGCGGAGAUGCCGUGUCCAGCUGUGGAGUGUGAGUCCGCGGUCAAGGAGGAGGGUCAGUGUUGUGGUGUGUGUCCUCCAGAAAAAGCCCCUAAAGAACCACCAAGCCAGCCAGACAAGUAAUCGAUCUUCAAAUGUUGAAAACUUAUUUUUCUUGGAUUUAAUAAAUAACCCUAACUAA